GGGCGGCGGGGCCGGCGGAGGCGGCAGGAUGAGCGAGCCCGAGCUGCUGCUGGACUCCAACAUCCGGCUGUGGGUGGUGCUGCCCAUCGUCUUCAUCACCUUCUUCGUGGGCAUGAUCCGCCACUACGUGUCCAUCCUGCUGCAGAGCGACAAGAGGCUCACGCAGGAGCAGGUGUCCGACAGCCAAGUCCUGUUAAGGAGCCGAGUCCUUAGGGAAAACGGGAAGUACAUCCCGAAGCAGUCUUUCCUGACACGGAAAUACUACUUCAAUAACCCCGAGGAUGGAUUCUUUAAGAAAACRAAGAGGAAGGUGGUUCCGCCUUCUCCCAUGACAGAUCCCACCAUGUUGACGGAUAUGAUGAAAGGGAAUGUAACCAAUGUUCUGCCCAUGAUCCUCAUUGGAGGAUGGAUCAACAUGACGUUUUCAGGGUUUGUCACUACAAAGGUCCCAUUUCCUCUGACGCUGCGUUUUAAACCGAUGUUGCAGCAGGGCAUUGAGCUGCUCACUUUAGAUGCCUCUUGGGUAAGCUCUGCUUCCUGGUACUUCCUGAACGUGUUUGGACUUAGAAGCAUUUACACUCUCAUCCUGGGUCAAGAUAAUGCUGCAGAUCAGUCUAGGGUGAUGCAGGAACAAAUGACGGGGGCAGCAAUGGCCAUGCCAGCAGAUACUAACAAAGCGUUUAAGACGGAGUGGGAAGCUUUAGAGCUGACUGAUCAUCAGUGGGCCUUGGAAGAUGUAGAAGAAGAGCUCAUGGCAAAAGACCUCCACUUUGAAGGCAUGUUUAAGGAAGAAUUACAGACCUCCAUCUUCUAAAUUUGAGAGUACUCUUCUUGUAAAAAGCAUUUGAUGAAAAGAGAGCUGUUACUUAAACGUGCAAAAUGUAUUUUAGCAAGGCUGAGAAUAAAACACCAACUUCAGAA